AUGUAUUCGGAGUUAUUAAAUACCAAUGAGAAGAAAUUGGUUGGAUUUGAUAUCGGAGGCGGGACUCCAUCUAUGGCAAAAAUAGAAGCCAUCCAUCAACUAAUGAAACGUGUUGAAUCGAAAUUUCAAACAAAUUGGAAUACAACUGAAGUGUCGAUUGAAACUACUCCAAAGAUCGCUGCAGCGGAACCGGAGAAGAUGAAAGCGUACUAUGAUAUGGGUAUUCGUCGUAUAUCAAUGGGUUUACAAACCACUGAUUUUCGUCAAGCGAAAGAGAUGAAUCGAGAUGAUGCGAAUGCUUCAGCGGAUUAUAUAUACCGAGCUGUCACUAAUAUUCGUGAUGCUGGUUUCAAGAGUUUUAAUAUCGAUCUGAUGUAUGGGUUUCCAUUGCGCGCUUCUCGUACUGAUGAUCCAUGGUUAAAGACCGUUCAAGACACCAUCAAUCUCGGUCCAGAACAUAUCACUCUCUAUCGAAUGCGAUAUAAAGGAACAUUAAUGGCUCACCUCGCUGAUCGUGUGAAACUUGAUCAAGUGAACCGUCAAGAAGGUGCAGCUCGACGUUUAUUGAAUGCAUCCGGAUAUAUCGGUUUGACUGGAAAAAAUACAUUCUCCCGCGCUGAAGAUAACUCUGGAUGUUCGGAUUAUCUCGAUAAACGAGUAAGAAAGGCAGUUCCUUAUAUUGGAAUUGGUCUCGGUGCUCAAUCGUUCAGUCAUCAUACACUUUCUUAUAAUCUUGGAGCAGUAACAAAGAAACUCCAACAAUACAUUCGUAGUGUGGAAUUGAAUCGCAUUCCAGUACAAGAUCUUUAUCACUUAUCUCGACCUGCUGCAAUUGCGAAAAUGGCAUCCGUUAGUUUCUAUUACGGUGGAAUUGAUCUUGUCGCUUUUAAAGAGUGUUUUCAUGUAUCUAUAAAUGAACUCUUUCCAUCCGAAGUGAAAUUUGUUACCGAUCACGGCCUAAUGACUCUCGAUGAAGAACAUCAACGUUUACAAAUGACCUCGCUUGGGAAACAAUGUUUCGGUGGUGUCGUUGCUUUAUUCUAUUCUCCUGCUGUGAAGAACCAUAUCCUUCAUCUUCAAGGAGGUGAAGAAUUCUUAGUGGAUUCCGUCAAAGCUCUUAAGGAAGGUCAUAGUCCAUUCCAACCGAUACCUGAAACUCCUGCACCUAUUCGUCGUCGAAUAGCUACGACAUCAUCAUCUCCACUAACAUCAUCCGUUCAAUCAAUCAUCUCUAUUCCACAAAUGGUAACAUCGUCAUUCUCUCAACCACUUUCUACUUCGUCGAUGUCAACUUCA